AUGUCUGAACUCAUCCUCGAUAAUAAAACAUGUCCGCUGAAAGUUCCCGGGUUCCACAAUAUUCCCAUUGACGUCGAGCUUCCACAGGAUCAGUUCACAGCGGGGAUCCAAGACUGGCGAGGUACGAUACGUACAGCAAAAGAGCUAGCCAAGUUGGGUUUGAUCAAUACUCUUACCGAGAGACAGGACUGGCAUGUGCGAAUUUUUCACCAGGAAGAAAUCGCCCGCUGGAGAGAAGGUGCGCUGGCAUCCUCGUCGCUAAUAAAUGACCAGACCUGGAGCUGGUGCUUGAAAGAGUUGCAAGACAAGGCAAGAGACUUCGGGAAGCAAAGGCACGAGCUAGUAUUCAACACCGGCAGUGGUGUCUGUAAAUCUGAUACGGCGAUCUCUUCCAAUAUACAAUCAGAGCUACACGACGCGGCGGAAUUCCUAACCAACGACGCGGAAGAGCGAAUACAACACCAGUACGUUCAGAAGUCACCGGUCUUAAACCUUGUUGAUCCGUCUCUGUUUCCGCUUGUCUACGGGGGAACAAAGGUGUUGACCGGAGGGCAAUCCUGUGGGAUGGACCAAGCUGCGUGGUCGUCGUGCACCCAAGAGGGCCAAAUUGCCCCCGAACAACCACAGUUUCCACGGGAGAACUCACGCUUGCAUCGGCUGAGCCAUGAAUGCAUCUUGCCGACCAAGUUUCAGUGGUUGCCAUGUGAAGUGGAGUUCACUGGUCCUCCUGGGUCCACCGACGUUCGAAUUACCUCUUACAUCAACAAUCUCCAUCCGACAAACCGGAACAUGUAUUCAGCAAUCGAGGGAGUUCUUGCAAGCUGUAUCAAGCAGUGGAAUGAGAUAAUCAUUCGAGAGAAGUGGAAUGAACCGUCCGAAUACAGGAUCGGUCAUUGCAAACCCUGUCCUCGCGAGCCAAUUCGAAUACGGACUUACGGGGUGGACUGGAAAGCGCGAUUUCCUGAGUGGGCUAAGAAACUGCCCGAAGACUCCAAGGAGAGCCAGCUAUCUGUUGAGGAAUAUAAAAGGAUGUGCACUCAACUGGAGGAAUACCUUCAGGAACCCGAAUCCAAGGAUAAACACUCUGAUCCCGGCACUGCGUAUUCAUACGAGGACUGGAAAGCAGGAAGGACCGGCGAAGCAAUUGUUGGCCCCGUUGAACAGGAGAAUUGGGGUCCAGUAUUUGAAACGGAACAAUUCCUUCUCUCUAACCCGUGGAUGGAACCCUACCGAUGGGCCUAUGAGCCAAAAGGUCAAAAGGACGAUGAUCAUCAAUUCUACACGGUUGCCCUGCAGGACGAGUUUCGUGGAAAGGGUCUUCAGGUUGUGGUCAAGCUCCACAGUAUUGCGCUAUCGCCAGAUACGCCAGCAUUUUCUGGCGAGGACUGGCAUACUGAAGGGAAUGCAAACGAGCAUAUAGUCGCCAACGCCAUUUACGCAUUUGACUCUGGCAAUAUCUCCGAACCGCAGAUUUCCUUUCGGCAGCGGCUCUCUCACGCUGGCGAAAGAUACGUCUACGACAAAACAGGUGCCGCUGAUGAUUCAGAGACGACGAAGAGACUUCGAGGACGAGGAGUAUAG